AUGGGUCACGUUGACCCAGAGCGGCAUCUUACAGGCCAGGCAGCUGACUGUACAUCGAAUAAUGAUAGUCAGGAUCAGAGUCGAGACUCGAGACAAUGGGGACGCAAAGUUUCACCGAGUCACUGGGAGCAGGUGGAUCAGUACGCCAUUUGGUGGGGGAUAAGACGAAAGAUACCAAGUUAUCAACGACCAGCCGCCGGUGCUCUACUUAAACUGAAGGGCGGCCGGUUCCUUCAAGACAGACGCCGUGUGUCCAGAGAUGAUACCCACUGCAAGAAUAUUACAGACUGCAUCCAAUUCUAUCAUGAGCGCAGUUCCUUGAUGUGGACUGGCCAAGACUGA